GGUCGUUGAAGAUUAUCCUGAUGGGGAUUUCAAGUUCACACUUAGCAAGUUCCUGGCUUGCAUGGUAAGUACAUCUUUUUUAAUCUUUUCACCCUCUAACACAUGUCCCAGAGCUUUCAGUUUGGAUACUUGAGCGAUGUUUUUGUCAUCUCACUUGCUUCCGCCGUUUUGGGAGACAUCAACAACGAUAUUGGCCCCUCCACGGCGUACAGCUGGAUGGCAACGGCCCAGAUCAUCUCAGCGGCCGUACUUUCGCCUCUUGUCGGACGUCUCGGCGACAUCUUUGGUCGAAAGACCUUCCUCCUGCUUGGCAAUACCAUUGGCGCGGUAGGCUGCGCCGUUGCUGCAACCGCGCACGAGGUCAGCACAAUCAUCGUUGCCAGCAUCUUCAUCGGGUUUGGUGCAGCGAUGCAUCAGCUCGCAUGGUCGUGCCUCGCCGAGGUCGUGCCAAGAAGCCAGCGAGCCUUUGCUUUGGGUCUUUUCCAAGUAUCUCUGACACCAGCGUCACUCUUUGCUGCGGUUAUUGGCAAAUCUCUCGUCGUUCAUGCAAGCUGGAGAUACUGUUACUGGAUUCCAUUUGCGCUCGAUAUUGCCGGCUUGGUACUUAUUGUACUCUUUUACCAUCCCAUCAAUCAGUUUUACAAUCCUGAAAGGAAAACGAAGUUUCAGCAGUUCAAGGAACUUGACUGGAUUGGCUUAUUCCUUUUUGCUGCCGGCCUUACCCUGUUCCUUCUCGGAAUUACCUUUGGGGGAUCGGAAUUCCCAUGGAAAUCGGCUGGGCCAAUAUGCAUGAUCGUUCUUGGAUUCUUGACACUUGUCGCUCUCGGCUUUUACGAAGCUCACGCAAGCCUCGAAUAUGCACUGUUCCCGCCAGUUGUCCUGGGAAAUAUUAGAGGUUGCACAAUGGUCCUUCUCACGACCGCUUUGGCCGGCAUGCUAUACUAUUCUACUAUCCUGCUUUGGCCAAUGAUGGUCGAGAAGUUGUUUGCAAAAGACCAAAUCCAGGUCGGCUGGUAUUGUACAGCUCUUGGAGCCGGCGGUGUCCUGGCCUCGCCCAUCUGCGGUUGGGCAUUCAGGAAAUGGGGGAAAUUUGCAAGGUAUCAAUUCACGCUUUAUGCCAUGCUCCUCACGGCUUGUUGCGGCGCUCAAGCCCAUGUUGGGAUCAAUACAAAUAUCAGCUGCACGGUGCUUACCGUUUUGUUGGGAAUGGGCCUCACAGGCGCAACGCUAUGUUCUACGACCAUGGUUCAGCUGGGUCAGAAGCACGAGUAUAUUGGCAUCGCUACUGCCAUGGCCAUCACGGCACGCUCUAUUGGCGGAUGUUUAGCAACCACCAUUUACACCUCCAUCAUCGAGAACAAAAUUGGACACAAUCUUGUACCUGGCAUUGCCAAGGCAUUGCUUGGCGCCGGUCUGUCCCAAGCAGAAUUGCCGGAAGCCAUCGAAGCAAUCGUAGAGAAAAACGCCGCAAUUCUUCGGACGUUGCCACAGUCAGUCGUGGACGCUGGACUGAUUGCCAUGAAAAUGGCGUAUAUCAAUGCGUUCAAGCUGGUUUACUAUGUAUCCAUAACUUUCGGUAUCCUUGGUUGUUUGGCGGCGUUUUCAACUGCCGAAGUUGGCCACCUCAUGACAGAGAAGGUUGACAUCAAGCUGAGAGAGGGCCUGGCAGCCAAAGACAGGGACACGGACGAAAAGAAGUAGCGUUCUUCUAUGCCGGAACUAACAGAAUUGCUGAUAUCAAGGGACCCACGAUUGUAUUAUGGGCCAAAAGUAAAGUCCCAGUUUACUGGGACUUAACUAACUGACGGCUAACUGCUAAGUUAGUUAACUACUUCAGAACAAGAGCGGACGAAGUCAUUGUGGAAUUAGCCUUGAGGUGGUUUAUUAGGUUAGAAAUUACAAGUUGGAGUAUUCGACAGCUGAUGAACGGCUCUCUUAUGUUUGAAAAUGUGGUUAUCAUCUCCAC